GUAUACAAGAAAUCUUGUGGACAAUGGAAAUGGAAAGUUCAACUUGAUGAUCUUGUGCUGGGGUGAAGGGCAUGGCAGCAGCAUCCACGAUCACACUGACUCACACUGCUUUAUGAAGAUACUCCAGGGAAACCUAAAGGAGACUCUGUUUGAAUGGCCUGAGAAAAAAGGGAAUGGUGAAAUGACUAAGAAAUCAGAACGAGUUUUGAGGGAAAAUCAAUGUGCCUACAUUAAUGACUCAAUUGGCCUGCACCGUGUGGAGAACAUAAGCCACACAGAGCCUGCCGUUAGCCUGCAUUUGUACAGCCCACCCUUCGACAGCUGUAACACCUUUGAUCAGAGGACUGGACACAAGCACAAAGUCAAGAUGACCUUCUACAGCCAGUUUGGAGAAAGGACUCUCUGUGCGACAUCAGUGCCACUGGAGAACAACUAAGAAGCACCAGCACGCGUUUGCGUAAGACCUGCUGAAUGUUUAACUGGGGACAGAAGACUUGCAUGGCUAAGGCCGACAGCGAGCUAUAUUUCUAUACCUUGUACAUAGGAAUACACUAGGGCAGCUUCCAGGCCACCCGCAAUUCGCCUGAGCAAAUGUCAAUUAUGGGACACUAAGCUAACUAGUGCCAUAAACUACUUCAGAGGUUAGACGCCUUUUCUUAGGCUCCUGUCAGAAUUAAGUAGUUUGUUUUCUGAUUCUAGCCUCCUUUUAAUUCCACUUCUGAUACCACACUGAAAAUAUCAGAAAUAGGAUUUUUAAACGUCAUCUGACACUACUUAAUAGGCUUACAUGU